AUGCGCGCUGGCGCUGGGGAGACGGGGCCGCCUGAGGGGCCGCGGGCGGGGGCGGGCGGUGGGCGGGUUGCCAUGGAGCGGGCCGGCGGGCUCCACGUUCCCUGCAUCGGGAAGGCAGCGCGGAAGAAGCGUCGCGCGUCCCCUCUGCCGGGGGCGGCCGCUCUCCCGGGCAGCCGGGCCCGUGUCUCUCAGAUGUGCCGGCGGCGCCUGUUCGGGAGCGCGGGGCCUCGCGGGCCCGAGCCUGCCUGCCUGAAUAAAAAGUUCAGUGGGAAAAACCUACCAAAGAUUAAAGAAAAUGUUGAAUAUACUGAAGAGAGCUCUUCAUACAACCAAAGUAAUCAAGCAACUGUCAGAGAAACAACAGACUCCAUGAUAAAAGAAGAGGAACCAGAGGAAAGCUGUGUACCACAGAAGGAAUCCAAAAUAAUCAACUUUGGAAGUAAAGAAAGUUUGAAAAAUGCUGACGUGACUUCAAGUACAGAACUUACACUUCCCACAGGUGUUUCCACCGUUCUCCUAGAGUGUUUAGAUGAACAUACAUCUAGCGACAGCCCAAAGACUUAUUCAUCCCCUGAAACAUUCAGAGAUGAUGAUUUGGAACGAUUCAAUUUUUACUCUGUGGACUUUGGCAAGUACAAGAACUCUACUCUCUUGGAUUCCAGCAAAGCAGUGACCAUAGAUAAGAUACCAGAGAUCUCAAAUCUUUCAGCAAUAUUAGAACCUGUACCAGAGGAUUUUCCAGACCAAUGCAUUAGAAGAGAGAGACCAUCAAAUUACUAUUACAGUUCUUCAACAUUAAGCAUUUCAACUACGCUGGCAGGAAAAAAACUCUGUAAAAUAACAGCUGCAAGAGAGAGAACGACAGACCUAAAAAGUUGUAUAUGCUGUGCUUCACCAUUAGGACCGGAAAGCAAGCAUGAUAAUCAAACAACUAAAGCCAAAAGGUUGGAGAAAAAAGAAAGCAGUCUUAAUCCCUUAGAAGGUGGUUCAUCAUCGUUUAGGCAGCUUGAUGCCUCAGAAAACGUGUCAGCCAGAUCAGAGGGGUUGACAGCCGAAGUUCUGCCAACCAAACCAUCAGAUGCUGUGGAGCCUCUGUGUGACAGACAAGAAAUCUGCUCCAUUGUUAGAAUGUCACCAUGCCAGAGGCCUUUCCGGCUCCAGCAAGUUCCAGUUAACUGGAAAGAGAUCUGCUUUCCCAUAGGAGUGCCUGAAGAUACUAUUACAAGUACCAAAAACUGGAUCUGCCGUAAACAGAAAUGAGAUUUUUGGCUUUCACCAGGAGUUAAUAGAAGAAAUUAUGGUCUUGCUGCUGUGGCAGGGGGGGAAAACAGAACUCCUAACUAGUAAAUAAUUGUUGUAAUUUUUUUUUUUUGCAUUCAUGCAUAUUGUUUGAAGUUUAGUAUUACGUAUUUCAGUAAACUAAAUACUCAGUAAAUACUCAAAUACUUUGUAGUAAAUUAUUUUGUACAGCAGCUAGAUCCUGUUCUGGGCAUUAUUCUGUAAGGAUUCCAUAAAGAUGAUUCUUCAGUUUUAGAUUUUUAAAAAGUGUGACUGAAGAACAGCAGAUCAAAUUGCUUUAAUAGAAUUACUGUGGCUCGCUCUCUGCCAAGAUUUCUAGUUUUCUCUAGCAGCAGUAGCAUCUAAAGAUGUGACCCCUGUUUAAGUGUUAACAUUCACUGUGGGGGUAACUGCAUGUCCUGGGAAUGGCUAUGAAAGCAUUCGUGUACUCUUGGGGACCCAGAAGUCUGCUCCCAUUAAACUCCUUGAACGCUGAAGUCUGCAGAACUUUGGAGGUACAGGACUGUGUGUUCUGCUGUAAUUUGAUUUCUGAACACUAGAACAGGUCAUCUUCACCCCAUCAUCACUGUGAAUUGGUUCUUAGUGAUCAGCACUGUCACCAUUCUGAGCACAUCCACUGCCCAGCCACUGCCAUCUCAGAGUCCUUCCUGUUUCAUCUCAGGUAUUUUGUAAUAUCACAUCUCUCAGUCAUUGUUUCUUCUAGUGGCUUCAGCCUUAGAGAAAGUAAAUACCUUACAUGAAACCUUGGUGGGAAAAACCCUUUUAUAGCUGAACUGUUUGAAGAGAUGGAUAUUGAUGUUCUGUAUUUUCAGGUUACUGUUCACACUGUGUCCACACAAGUCAAAUUCCCAGUGCUUCCAGUUCAGCUUGUGGAUUGUUAAUUAAUAAAUGUUCUUAAUGUGCUGAAUGUGUCAGAAAACUCUGUCAAGAAGACAUUUUUUUCCACUUGAAUUCAUUAAACAUUAAAGUAAUUUGGACCCUUA